AUGAGCCUUCACCAAGACCUGUCCGAAUUUGUUCAAAACAUGCAAAAUAACGCCCCAGCUACUUUUUAUAAUUAUUCUUUAUACCCUGAAAGCAUGGGUAAUUGAUAUGACUUAAGCCUAAACGGUUUCGCAUAUGCUCCUAAUUUAAGUCAGGAGAGUUAUAAUAGCUUGCCCCAGCAAGCCUCUCCUGAAAUUUCAGCUGAAGUACAUUGUAAGAAGAAACGAGGAAGAAAGCCUCUCAGACCAAAUGAUCCAAUUAAGAAAAAGACAGAAGAAAAAGACAAGUACUGACUAAGAUCGUUCAGAAGCUAUAUGAAGUUUCAUUUUCAGAAAAUUGAGGAAUCUCUAACUCCCCCCUCCGUGAGUGAACAAAGCCAUUGGAAAAAUCCCUAUUUUUUUGUCCAAAAACCCACCCUUCGUGAGCGAAUAAAAAUUUUUUGUAAUAGAAAAAACUUUUUAAGAAAAAAUAAUUGAUAUAUAAGUGGUAAUUAGUAUGAUGAAAUCUCGAACUAAUUCUAUUUAAUUUUAAACAAAUUGCGUUUUAAAACAUAAAUUUUAUAAAUUAAACUAAUAUUUGCUUCACAAUUUUUGCAAAUUAGUAUUUUUUUAAAAUUUAGAAAAAACAAUUUCUAUAUAAAUGUUUUUUAAAAAAAAAAUCAACUCCCGAACAAAAUUUUUUUGUUCACUUACGGAGGGGGGAGUAAGUAAAGAGGAAAAAAAAUUCUGGCAUAUGUACUUACUCCCCCCCAUCCUUGAUCGAACGACUCGCCAUCGUUUGAUCAAGGAUGGGGGUUAAAAAAAAAAUAUAUAGAAAUAUAUUUUUUUUAUUUACUUUUAAAUAAGAGGGUUAAGAGUAUUUAAUAAUUAUUUUUACAGCAAAAAAUUGAAUUAAUUUCAUAAAAUACCAAUUUUCAAUAUUUUGAAAUUUUAAUUUGUCCCUUACUGAAUUAAAAUUUUUUUUUUUUUUAAAUUUUAAAGAAUCUCUAUUUUAUUUAGAUUAUUGAGUUUUUAAGCCUAGGUUGAUGGCUAAAUCACUUUGGAUGGUUGAUUUCGCAGCUUUCUGUAGUCUCAAAGCUCUGAAAACAACUUCAUUAUGCACAUCUUCCUAAGCUUUUGAUAACUAAUAUAUUUUAUAUAUAUAAAAAUUUGCAUAAUAUGAAAAUCGUUCGAUCAAGGAUGGGGUUUAAUUUUCCCAAUUUUUAGGAUUUUUUACAGUCAAUCGUUCGAUCAAGGAUGGGAGGGGGAGUUAGGAAAUAAAGGUAAACCAGAAAAAGGAAACAGAUUUUUGUCCUAUGGCAAAAAGUAUAAAGAUUUUUUAUUCUCUCAUAAAACCUUUGUAGACCAGUAUCGGGAGUGGUUUACAGAGCAAGGUCAAGCUGAGCUACUUAAGAAAUAUGAGAUCGGGAGCGAUCUCUGGUUUGUAUAUUAUGAUUAUGCUGCUAAAGACCUAUUUAAUUAUCAGCUGAAUAAUCAUAAGAUUAAAAAGGAAAAUACUAGCAGUCAAGUUGGAGACAUGGAUCAGCUUAUGAAUCUUUAUAUGAUGUCGCUUUGAAAAUUAAAUCCCUCGAGCUGCCAGAUUCAAUAUUAA